AUGGACCAGACUCUGAACAGCAGCCAGACUCCAGCCUCGACCCCAAACCCCCCGGGGGCAGAUGCGCUGGGCAGGGCCCACUUGGUGCUGGGCGCCCUGAUCCUGGUCGUCUGCGCCUGCGGCAUAGUGGGCAACAGCAUGGUGGUCUGGCUGCUGAGCUUCUGCGUGCAGAGGGCGCCCUUCUGCGUCUACGUCCUCCACCUGGCAGUGGCCGACCUCCUCUUCCUCCUCUGCGCGACCUUCACCGUCAGCCUAGAAGUCGCCUCGCUGGCCGCCAGGUGGUGGAAGGCCUACGAGGUGAUGCAAAGAGUGGAGUACUUCGCCUACACCUGCAGCCUGAGCCUGCUCACGGCCAUCAGCACGCAGCGCUGCCUCUCCGUCCUCUUCCCCAUCUGGUACAGGUGUCACCGGCCCCGGCACCUGUCGACCACGGUGUGCACCCUGCUCUGGGGGCUGUCCCUCCUGAUGAACACGGUGUCGUCUUUCUUCUGCAUCAAGUCCGGGCACCCCGACGAAAAGCAAUGCUUGAUGGUGGACUCCACCUCCCGCUGCCUCAUUUUGGGGAUCUUCAUACCCGUGAUGACACUGUCCAGCGUGACCCUCUUCGUGCGGGUGCAGAGGAGCCCCCCGCAGCGCCGGCGCCGGCCCAUGCGGCUCUAUGUGGUCAUCCUGGUCUCCGUCCUGGUGUUCCUCCUCUGCGCCGUGCCCUUUGCCUUCAACCCGAUCCUCCUCUCCUGGGGGCACCUGAAGGGUCAAGUGGUGCUCCUGUAUCGGCACAUCUCCCUCCUUUCCACGUCAGUGAGCAGCAGCGCCAAUCCCGUCAUCUACUUCGUGGUGGGCCGCAGGGGGAGCCGCCGGGGUCUGCGGGAGCCCCUGGGGGCGGUGCUCCGCACGGCGCUGCAGGAGGAGCCCGAGCUGGAGGAAAGGGAGACGCCCUCCACCGGCACCAAUGAGCUGGGGGUCUGA